CUCACUUGACAACCUAGGAGUAGUCUGGGAAUAUCAUCAUCUCUAUAUACUUAGAUUUCACCCACAAAUAUGGACGAUAACCUCUAUCUCCCCGCCGACCCCGAACUCGGCUUAAGACCUAUUCACCGGGCAUGCCUUAGGGGUGACUUCGAAGCCGUCGUUAAGCUAGCUUGCCAACCGGGCAUCAUCGAUGCACCGACCGAACCUCAGAACGGGGUGAAACGGGGACUUCGUGAAACACCUAUGUGGGUGGAGUGACACCAUCUCCUUACUACAUACAUACCGCAAUGUGGGACUCUCCAGCAUAGACGGUGCUAAUCCGUGCCCUGCAGCAAGCUCGCGGCGCUCAUGGGCCAUGUCGAUAUAGUAUGGUUCCUCGUCGAGCAGGGCGCUGCCCUGACCCACGAUCGCGUCCUCGCCUCGUCGUAUACGGGAAACGAAGGUCUCGCGGCACGCCGGAGGGACUUCUUCCUCAACACAGUUGGAAUCGGCCGAGAGCACCCCGAUGCUGAGAAUACGCGCAAGAUCAUCUUCGACAUCCUGUCUUCACCUGGUCGUAGGAGCGUCGUUCGAGCUAUGCGCGGCCCGCGCUCUGACCUCGGGUUCCCGGACUACAAGCUGGCGAAGCAAGGGCGGGACAUUGUGGUCUUCGCGCCCGUGCUGCGGAUCCGGUCCGACAUCCCGCUCGACCGCAGCAAGACGAUCGGUAUCAUCACGUCCAAGGCCGCCUCGGGUGACAUCCUGAUGUCGGCGCACAGCGGUUUCCGGGCCGGCGGCGACCGCCACGACAAGUGCCUCGACACGAACCAGUGGAACUACGUCGCGCUCCACCACAUCGCGAAGCUGCUCAAGUUCCACUUCCCGGGCAACAAGCACGACAACGGCCCGAAGAAGCUGGAGGACGACAUACAUAGGGGGCGCGCCCACGCCGGACACGUCGAGGUUUUGCUGGCGGCGUGGUACGCGGUGGAACUGACUAAUAAGCAGAGGUUGGCGGCGAAUGGCGGACAGGGGAAGAUGAGUUUGGACUGGUGCCUUGCGAAUUUGCAUACACUGAAGCACGCGACGCUGGGACAGGCGCGGUCCGCGGUCAUCAUGAUCGACUCGCAGCCUUGUGCCACGUGCCUCAAGUUCAUCAAUUACCUCUUCCAAUACACGGGCGUACACUUUUCCGUGAAGGGAGCCGUGGGCAUAGGCCCGACAUUAGCCACCAAGGACGAGAGAACCGGUGUUAGGCUUGAUACUUUCGGGGACGUGUUUCUGGAGCAGGAUAUUGACGGGGCGGAUGAUUAUGAGGAGUCGGCUUAUCUUGACACUGAGAUUGAGACAGUGUUGGAAACUCCUAUAGCUCAGGGGGUUCCGGGUGGUAUCCGGGAUACUAUCGAGGGUAAUGGGGACGAGGAGGAUGAUGCCAUGAGCGUCCACGCACAAGCGCAAGCGGCAAGUGAAGCAUUCGCAAGGAUAUCGAGCUUCUCACCGGCAAACAUGGAUACCGAAAAUGUGCCCAUGACGACUCCUGCUCCGGAACCCGUCACGCCCCAACGCGCCGCUCCCUUCACGCCACUGCGGCCGCGCAUGCGAUGGGGCGUGCCGGAUUCUGGUCCUCGAUCUAAGAGAGGAGAUCCGUUUGGCAACAUCCCCUCUCGCAGACCCGCGAACCCGGACGAGCUGAUAGCCGAGUACAAGAAGAAGACGCCGGUGUGGACUUGGCCGGGGUACGAUUCAGCGGAGCCAUCGUUUGUUCCGUUUUGCCAACCUCCUCGUGUCUCCCGUGGUAUCCUCGGUUCCCCGAUGCCGCUUGCGCUACCAGGGGCUGCUGGCCGUACGUUAGUUACGGAUGGCAAUAUGCCCAUUAAAGAUAUAAAUGGCGACUCGGCCAUCGUCAUGGAUGAAGGAGGUACGGGAGAAGGCCCUGUGACAGGGGAAGAUCCGAUCAUCGUCGACAUGGUAAACGACGACGUCUCAUAUCCGUCUCCGCCCAGGAGCUGCCUUAUCCGCGACACGUUCGCCGCGUUCGACGCCCAAGUCAAGAACCACUUCGGGGACACCCCGACGCUGACGGGCCAAAAACGGGCGGCCUUCUCGUACAGCAGCUUCCAACCGAUCCCUAACCCGGCUCGUCAGAAGGCCAAAGAAAUGGCCAGGAACCUUAACACGGCCAUGGAAGAACCUCCACUCCAGCCUCCAUCACGGGCACGCGUAGACCAAAUCCACUCCGAAACUCCCAUGCAGCUUAACUCCCCGGAUGAUGAGGAGGGCUACGUCCACGUACCCGACCUCUUCCCGCUUUCCCCAUCCCCACAACCCCAACCCCUGUCACAGCAAUCGCAACCCUUCUCACCAUCCUCACAGCCACCCUCCCAACCACAACAACCCCUCCUCUCGCAAAACGGCUCGCGCUACUACGCCGCAGCUCUACUAAUGGGCGCCGAAUCGCCGGACCCCACGCCCUGUCCAAUGCCAGUUCCGACUUCAGCUCCAAACUUACCCCCGUCUCCCGCGCCAACAACCACACCCUCAAACUCAACCACAACCGCGAUCCUAACUCCAGCUGCAACCCCCGUCCCCAUCCCUGCCCCCAAAACCAACCCAAAGCCGGCGGCCCCGGGUCCGCUGAACUUCCAACGAUGGCGCUUCGAGCCGCAUCCGCAUCCGCAGCCGCGGCCGCGGUCGCGGAAGCCGUGGCUGGCGGAGCAGCAGCAGCAGCAAGAGGUGGUCUCGAAGCACUUCUCCGGGCCGCGGCUGGCAUGGCAUCAACAGGGGCUCGUCUCCUUCCCGGAGGUGACGGGGAUGGGGAACGGGGUGGGGCAAGAAAGGCGGGACGGGGCUGGGAGGAAGGGUUAGGAUCCCGGUUCGGUUUAUCUAUGAGGGGUAUAUGGUUUUAGGGGUUUGAUGCUGGAAGUUGAAUGAGAAUGUGGGAUUUGGCUGGUGAUAUAAGGGUAUUAGGGGAAUGGGAGGUAAGCUAAGUUAAGGUAAGGUAAGAAAGUAAAGAGCAGAGAUACGACAUGCCUGGAAGGUGGAAGGGAUGUAAGGGGGCGGGAUGUUUGCUGUGGACUACGAUAAGGAGUCAGGGGGAGUCGGGGAUAAAAAUGUAAAAUGGUGAGAGCAACCACAUUCAUUAUAAAUGCCAGAUAGUACUCGUCUGUUGCAG